AUGGCAGCCUUGCAGGCUCCUGUUAAAGCAGAAAACAGGCCGACGUUUUCCAUCGACAGGAUUCUUGGACUGGAGCUGGAGAGACCGGAAAACUGCCUGAAACUCCAUCGGCCCUGGACAGAGAUCACGGCAGAGAAGGAAAACAGAGGAAACAGUUUGAGCUUCAACCACAACCACAACCACAACCACAACAACAACAACCAUCCUCCUCAGCAGACAAGCUCCACCAGACCGACGUCAAACUGGUACGCAGGACGCAGACCACGCACGGCCUUCACCAACAGCCAGGUGAAAGUACUGGAGUCGGUGUUUCAGAUGAACUGUUAUCCAGGGAUUCAGCUGAGGGAGCAGCUGGCUGAGAGGCUGGACCUGGACGAGGACAGAAUACAGAUUUGGUUUCAGAACCGGCGGGCGAAGCUGAGGCGUUCCUUCAGAGAGUCUCGUCUGCAGCUGGUUCAGACGGCUGUGGCCGACCUGCAAGUCGGACAUGACAUCACAGGUCAACUGAAAAAGGAUGAGCGAGCUGAACACGACCUGGCCUCUCGUCUUCAGCUCGUGGUCGAGGAAGAGAAGGAGAGAUGAUGACUGUUUCUAAUAUUAAGAUGGACUGUUUGCUUUUAAAUGCAGCCCUACCAUGUGUUUUUGAGGUUCACUGCAAAUGUAACGCUCUGACUCACUAUUGUGAGUUGUACUCUCGGGUAGGAUGGAGGGCUCUGGCGCCCCUAACUCAUACACUGGUACACCCCCAUCCAUCCAACCAACCC